CUGCUCAGUCAUUCCUGCAAGAGCAGGCAGCUCUGCUGCAGCACCUGCACCCAUGGCGCUCCGCAGCCUGGCCCUGCUCCUGACCCUGGCGCUGCCCUGCUCAGCGCUCAUCAGAAUCCCGCUAACCAAAUUCCCCUCAAUGCGGCAUGUCCUUAAUGAAGUGGGAAGUGAAAUACCAGAUCUGAAUGCUGUGAAGGAAUUCCUAAAGUACAAGCUGGAUGUCCCAGGUAUAGGGGAACCCACGCCAGAGAUCUUGAAGAACUACAUGGAUGCUCAGUACUAUGGUGAGAUUGGUAUUGGGACCCCACCCCAGAAGUUUACUGUGGUCUUUGAUACAGGAUCUUCCAACCUUUGGGUGCCCUCUAUCCACUGUCAUCUCCUGGACAUAGCCUGCUUGUUGCAUCACAAGUACGAUGCCUCCAAAUCCUCCACCUACGUGAAGAAUGGCACGGCUUUCGCCAUCCAUUAUGGCACUGGGAGCCUGUCUGGAUACCUCAGCCAGGAUUUUGUGACGCUUGGUGGUUUAAAAGUCAAGGACCAGAUCUUUGGUGAAGCAGUCAAGCAGCCUGGCAUAACGUUCAUCGCUGCCAAGUUUGAUGGCAUCCUGGGCAUGGCAUUCCCAAAGAUCUCAGUGCAAAAAGUCACACCCUUCUUUGACAAUGUCAUGAGCCAGCAGCUGAUAGAGAAGAACAUCUUUUCCUUCUACUUGAACAGGGACCCAACAGCUCAGCCUGGAGGGGAGCUGCUGCUGGGGGGCACUGACCCCAAGUAUUACAGUGGUGACUUCAACUGGGUGAAUGUCACUCGUUCAGCAUACUGGCAAAUCCACAUGAACCAGUUGAAUGUUGCCAAUGGGCCGACACUGUGCAAGGGAGGAUGCGAAGCUAUUGUGGAUACAGGAACUUCCCUCAUCACUGGGCCAACAGAGGAAGUGAAGGAACUGCAGAAGGCCAUUGGAGCUAAACCACUCAUUAAAGGACAGUAUGUGAUCCCUUGUGAGAAGGUGCCGACACUUCCUACCGUCUCUCUUGUGCUGGGAGGAAAGCCCCAUCAGCUCACCGGAGAGCAGUACGUCUUCAAAGUUACUGUACAAGGAGAAACCAUCUGCCUCAGUGGAUUUUCAGGCCUAGAUAUCCCACCUCCUGGAGGCCCACUCUGGAUCCUGGGAGAUGUCUUCAUUGGCCCCUACUACACGGUCUUUGACCGUGAUAAUGAAGCUGUUGGCUUUGCCAAGUGUAACUGAGUACCCACCGCAACUCCCCUUACCACACCCUCUCAAACAUUGGAGCUGUAGAGAGUGAUUACCAGCAAACGAGAAAAUGGAAAUAGAUUUAAAAUGAAAAGGAAAAAAAAAAUCAUUAGUGCCCUGCUAGCUAAUGUUUGCUCUCUGUUAAUAAGACCACUCUAGUUGAUGACUCAACAUAGAGUAAUCUCCUGCCCUGUUGUUAAGUCUUCCAGCAUUUUGUUUUUAACAUCAACUGUCAAUGCUGAACACUUCCCACUCUUGAUUCCAGGCACUAAUUGCACAAAUAAGAGACACAGCUUAUUAGAUCCACACAAUGAUUCCAUUCCUCCUGCUGAGAAACCAUGCUGAUAACAUAAUCUUGGCAUUCACUGUUCGGUUUUUACAUACUCAAACUUUCAGUUCUUUCUUGGGCUGAUUAUGGGGGGAGGAGCUGAGUUUGUCUCAACAGUUGAUCUAAAAUAGAUGAGGAAGAAAUUGGUAUGCUGGUUUUCAAUAAGCUUGUUCUAGUUUAACAUUCUUAAUGUGCUUUGUGGUGUGAGAGAUUUUACCGUGCUGCAAUGGAGGACAUGGUCAGCUUAUUAUGUGAGAGAUCCCUUAAAAUCCUUCUGUCAAGGUCUAGAAUAAAAAUGCUUUCAUCUUCUUUCCCAUGUCCAUGGUGGCACAUAAUAAGAACAUAAUUGUGAGUAUCCACCUCUGUUGGAGUAUCUCACAUGCCUAACUGGGCAGUGAUGAAAAUAGCAGCUCCAGAUUGCAGAAACCUUCAGGGAGUAGGACUAGGAAGGGGGGUUGUGGUAAAUUUUUGAUAGCGGUCACCAGGCUUGUAUCUACAAAGGCCUGUGUUCACCCUUGAGGUCAAGCAAACCAGUUUGGGUAAAUAGAGGACCCAAAUUGUUAAGUGUGGUUAAUUUUUCUGCCUCUUCUAAGUUUUCCCAAGUAUCAGGAUUUAUUUACUUAAUCCAGACCUGGAUCUGGGGGUAAUAUCUUUCUUUCCUUUUCUUCAUUUUCUUUUUUAAGCCUAGAUCCCAUUGAAAAUCAAAGGGAACAGAGGCACUUCUACCCCAUGUAGUUGCUCUUGAAAAUUAUAUUUGUAGUAUUUUUGGAUGGAUCAAAAUUAGAUUGAUUAGCAGUCGUAUAUAAGAGAGCUGAAAGGCCUCCAGAUCAGAGGCAUCGGGAAGCAUCUGAUGUUCCAUUUGCUUCUCUCAGACAGUCUCUGAACCUUUUGAAGCCAACUUAUCUCUGCUCUACACUCCUUACUCAGUACUGUAGCUGUCUUAUGAGAAACCUUGAAAAGUCCUGUAAAUGUAUGCCAGGCUUCUCGAAAAGAACGCAGAGCUGGGAACACACCUCAGAGCUUACAAUCUAAGGGCUUGGCUGUGCACGCAGACUCUCUCUUUACCCACACUGAGCAAGGGUCUGUACACGCAGAAGCUGUGUACACAGUUGGGCUGUAACUAAGAGAAGACCAACACAAAGCCACAGUCCUGAGCAGAAAGUGCACAUUGGGGUUGGUGGCAGGAAGUAGGGUAAAAAUGGAUUUUAAAUGAGGGCAUGUGGAAGAAUGCUCCAAGGCCUGGUGAGUGAAGGGAGAGACUCCAGUGGACAUCAUUAGGCUUGGAGUGAGGCCCCAAACAUAUUGCCAGCAAGAGCAAAGUCACAGAGCUGAAGGGUGGAACAUAGAGAUAAUGAAUCAAAUCCUUGACUUGCUGAGGAUGCAAAGCAAUGUAAAUAAUAAUUAUUAUGGUGCAGGGAUUGGGAGAGACCUAAUGGGUGAAAUCCUAGCUCCAGUGAAGUUGACAGCAUCGGAGCAGGAUUUCACCCAGGAAGUAGCAUAUAAGGUAGCAGGUUAAAGGCAUGGGUUUGGGUAGGUGGAAACCUGUCAAAGGAGAGUGGAUCCAUUGUCUUCCCAGGACUGAACCAACUUGGAGCUUGGUGUUCAGGGACAGAAAAAGGCAAGGACCCAGCUGAUAUCCAGUGCUAAGCUCCACCCUUUUCUGGCCCUUUAACCCUGCUCUGAGUUUGCUAACAGGGUUGGACUUGGGCUCUGAUGGGUUGUAUUUGACAUGUAGAAUCACUACUAUUCCUCACUCGCAGGGAGAGGCCUAGCCAAAGCAGCUGUGACUUCAAGUGUAAUCUAAAGCCCCAGGAAUAAUCCAUGUGCUGCUUCCAGAGCUUCCUCCUUCCUGCCUAUCCUUAACUGCAGCCCUGGAUUAGAAGCCUAAAGACAUCUGUUACAGCUGAAAGGCAAGAAGAGGUCACUUAAAAAAAACACAUCAAAUACAGAUAUUCGUGUGCUUCCCAGAGAGCCCUGUUUUCAAAUUGAUCAAGGGCCCAGAGCUUAUUAGUUCUGCUGAUUCCUAUUUCUGCUGGAGACUUUUAUCUGCUAUGGCAACUGAAACAAAGCAAUUUUUUUUGGUUGCAGGUUCCCAUUAAUUGGGCUUCAGGUGGGAAAAAUCUGGCAGAGAAUUAGCUGCUAGUUCAGAAUUUAUUCAGGAUUUAGCUUACCCCGUGGUAAGACGUAUGACUUAAAAUGUACACCCUCUAGUAACUCAGAGGUGAUAAGAUUGGGCCGUUGUCUAUCCUUAGACAUAGAAAACAUUGAAAUUGAGGGAAGACACUGCCCCAUGGUAAAGCUCUAAAAGACAUCUGUCUUUGGCCAGGCUGGGGGAGCAUUUUAUUUGACAUAAUGUAUUUGCAAUGCAAAGAUCGUGAAACUACUGCGUGAGCCUCUUCCUCCCCCUGCCCCUCUGCCUUUGUCUUGCCUGCUUUUUUCAAUGUGAACUCUAAAUGCUGUGUGACUUUAAUUUUGGGGCUAUCAAACUUGCUGUCAGAAUUAUUGUCUCGUGGAAAGUUGAAAUAAAAAUAUAUUAUUUCUUUUUUCUCCCUUA